CCAGACCAGAGCGUGUGUGCCUUGCGCGUCUUGCGGUGUACGCGUUGUGACGAUGGCAGCGGAGGGCUACGGCCAGGCGUCCGAUGGCCAGGUUCUCAUCGGCGAAGCGAGGAAUCUUGUCUCCCAACUCUACGACCCUGCCAAUGCUGGCAACCCCGCGAAGAUCAAGCUCAUCCAGGAGCACCUCCAAGCGCUGCAGAAGGGACCCCAGGCAUGGCUCAUCGCCAAUGAUUUGCUCGGUAGUGAUAGCACUGACGCGAGGUUUUUUGGGGCCUUGACCUUUACGGUCAAGAUCAACCACGACUGGCAACAACUGGGCGAGAGCGAUGCCAAGGAGCUUCUGGCACGGCUGGUCGACCAUUAUGUGUUUUUGGUCAAUGGCGGAGAGCGGCCAAUGGUGAUCCGGAAGCUGGCGUCGAGCUUGACCACGAUAUUCUUGAAACCAAAUGCCCCCUGGGUGCAAGCUUUGUUGAAUCUGGCUGCAUCGCUGGCGAAUGGAAAGCAUAUUCCAGAGGAACAGUGCCGGUCGCUGGAUCUGGUCAGUACUGUCCUUCCGGCGAUGACACAAGCACAAGUGGUCGCUCUGCUCUACUUUUCAAAUAUUUUGGCAGAAGAGGUCAACAAAUUGAGCACCGAGGCAAGAAAGAGUGAUGACUCUCAUCGCGUGGGUGCGAAUAUCAAAGACGCAUUAAGCCUGGUGGAUUUCGUGCUACAACACAUACUCCAACAGGAGGCAUCCAACCACCCAGUUGCCGAUAUAGCGCCAGGGGUUGAGGCGAUCAAUUCUUAUCAUUCCUGGAUGUGCGUUCGCGGAUCGAUCCAAGUUCAUGACUCGGUCGCAGCUUCUCAGCUAGCUUCGACCACAAGAUGCGUCAUACAGAGCUUGAACGUUUCACAGAUGUCAAAGACUGCAACCCAGGUGAUCAUUGAAUUGAUCGACUGGCGGGACAGCGCCUUCACCGAAGAAAAUAUUCACUCGAUUUUGAAAUAUAUCAUCGGUGACCAUGGUACUGCACAUAUCGUAUCCCUGAUGGACGGCGACUUUGACGAUGACAACAUGACUUAUCUGGAACUUCUCUUGGCGUAUUCGACUCUGAAGCAACGGGAACUCUUUGCAGGACCUCUGACGCCAGAAUACGAGAAGAUUCUAACACUGCUCCACACCCUCUUUAAGGCUCCUGGAUACGCCGCGGUCGACGACUUGGCGUCGCCUCUAGUCCUUGAAUGGUGGACGGAAGUUGCCGACGAUUUACAAGAAAUAUUCAUGGAUGCCGAAGAAAAGACUGGCUUUGAACAUGCAAGACAGAACCUGGCCCAAGCCGCCAUGGACUGUUUUGAAAAGUUGAUGUACCCCAGCCCCGAGGAGCUACGAACGUGGAGUGACGAUGACCGAGCUGAACUCAGUUUUUUCCGACGGGACGUCUGUGAUUUCCUCUUGGCCAUCUAUCCAAUGCUCGGCGUCGAGCUGGUGCAGGUUUUCCAGCAGAAAUCCAAGACAUCGCUGGCGGAUCAGGACUGGAAGGUGUUUGAAGCAGCAAUCUUCUGUAUUGCGCAAUUAUCCGAAGCCGUUGACGAGAAUCAGCAUGCCGAUGACUGCCUCAAUGCAAUCUUCUUCGCCGAUGAUUUUGCCCAUUUGUGUAGUGCAGAAAACGUUCAGAUCACAGACAAGGCGCGCCAGACGCUUGUGGACAUGCUCGGGAAGUAUCAGUCAUACUUCGAGCGGACACAUACCCUACUCCCUCGGGUCCUGACUUUCCUGUUCGCGUCUCUCAAUGUCACAUCCAGUGCUGCCGCAGCUUCUCGGUCUAUCUCUUAUCUUUGCAAGUCGUGUCGAAAGGCAUUGACACUUGAAUUACCUGCGUUCAUGGAUCAAUUCGAAAUUUUCAAAUUCAAAUCAACAGCAACAUCCCAGACCAUGGAGCGAGUGUUGGAAGGCAUCUCGGCAAUCAUCCAGACUCUGCCGAGUGAUGUGGAAAAGGCCCAAUACCUAGAGAGGAUCUUACAAUUCUUCGUGGUACAGGCGGAAUUGGCACGAGAUGAGGCCAGCCGAGGUCUCCUAGAACCUGCCGUUAGUCGGGCUCAACUCGUCCUGCGAUGCGUUGCGAGUGUUGGAAAGGGCCUCCGUGCAGAUGCAGACAUCGUCAUUGAUUCCAACAGUAACACCAACGAGGCGCCGUAUCAAGUGACAUUUUGGAACACAGGAAACGGUGCUGCUUCGCAGAACAUGAUCAUGCAAUGCAUGCAGCUGCUGGUGAAGGAUUUCUCCGCAGACAUCACCAUUGUGCAAGCUGCCUGCGACAUCCUCAAGGCUGGCUACACAGAGAAGACCGGCCCAUAUAUCUUCCCACCAAUGGUCACUGUCGACUUUGUUCGGAAUCUCCCACUCGGUACCCCGGGUGCCGAUAUUUUCAUGGGCACUGCCUCUGCGUUCCUCGCGUCUCACAGUUCACAGCCGCAGCUCGUCCGCGAUGAAGCUGUAGCUCUGGUCACCCAUGUGUAUCACAUCUUCUCACUAAUGUUGGAAAACCAACAGUUCUACGACCCCGAACUGGCGAACAGCGGGAUUGACUUCCUCUCUCGCCUUCUCCCCAAAUAUCACCAGAUGCUCUUCACGCUGACCACACCGCCACCAAGCAAGCCCACCGGCCCACCGAUUCUGCAAGCGAUUCUGAACUUCACGGUCGUUGCUCUGCAAGGCCCCGAACCGCUUCCCCUGCGAUCUGCCUCACAGUUCUGGAUCGGAGUCUUUAAUCUGCCCAGCAGCAAUACCUCGGGCGGGUACGACGCCGUGCAGAGCGCCAUCAAGGAGUAUCUCCCGGCGUUGUGUCGUGUGCUCAUGACGCAGAUUGCAGGCCGAUGCGCCCGGUCCGACGUGGAGCAUCUGUGCGAGGUUCUGCGCCGGAUCAUCUUCAAACAACAGGGGCUGGCAAAACCGCACCUGGCCGCCACGCUGGCCGAACUCCGCCGGCCCGAGGGUGAGACCUCGCUGCCCUCGCCCGAGGAGCGACAGCGGUUCCUGGCCUCGCUGCUGACUGCGCGCGGGGGAAAGUCCCAGACACAGCAGCUGACUCGAUCGUUCUGGGUUCAGUGCCGGGGGACGGGGUUUAAUUAUGCACGAGAUGCUUGGUCCUAGAGUUCGCCGAAAAGAGACAAUUAAUUUGUAGCUACUUGAAACUGGUAAUUCAUACUACAGGCCUUUAUAAGAAAUGCGAUUAUCCCAACAAUUGUAUCUCUGUACCUAUUUGUGUACAAAGUGGAUAUGCACUGCCCUCUCAGCCACACUGUGUAUGCACGCUGUGGCGGUGUAUCAGGCCUCACAACACGCAAGGCUAUGAGAGCC